AAAUAAAUGCGUUUGGCGCGCAAUUUAUAUUUAUAAUUACUGACGCCAUCUAUUGAUUUCACUUGUUCAUAAGCGCCAUCUGUGGAUUCAACCGGUUUAAAACGGUUAUUAGUACUUGCGAUGGUAUUUUCUAGUACAUCAGCAGAUUUUGGUAUUUUGUACUGUUUGCCAACACUCCCGUGCAGACAGCUGUUCCUCUGCGUAAAUUGUUUAUGUUGGCUUUGAAUUUUGGUGUAUUUAUGUUUUAUGAUAAAAACGCGUUAUUUGUAAACAAACUGCACAGCCAUGAGUGCAAUAUUGGAUAUAAGCUGCAUAAAAGUAGAGCCGCGGCAAGAGGAGGAGACGGAACCAAGUUAUGGCAUAGAAAUAGAUAUUGGACCAGUGAAAAUUGAACCCGGGACGUCCAAAGAAGUCUUGAGCACUGCCAAAACGAAACCCAAUCAGUGCCCUCAUUGUCCACGAUUUUUUGAGAUGCGCGCCGAACUUGAGAUACACCUGCAAAUCCACACCAGCAAUCUGCUAUACAAGUGCAGCUACUGUCCCAACAGUUUCUCCCACAAAUCCGUCUACACGAUGCAUAUGUUUGGUCAUACUGGCGAGUUUCCCUAUCAGUGCACCCAGUGCGAAAGCGGAUUUAUUCGACAACAAGAAUUCAAGAAGCAUAUGCAGAUGCACAAGCGUAAAUCCAGACUGCAGACACCACCAAGUCCCGUGAAGAAGGCUUCCCUCAAGCAAGUUCCCAGUACAAAGAAGUUGAACUUUACAUUAAAGUGUCCUCAUUGUCCACGCUCUCUCAAGAAUAACGAGGAGCUCGCAAAGCAUUUGCAAACUCACGGCGAUGGACGAACACGCAAGGAAAGCUAUUCGUGGCGCAAUUCCCUGCAUUGUCCACACUGUCCACGCGACUGCAUGAGCAGCCAAGAGCUGGCUCAGCAUCUGCAAACUCACAGGCAGAGAGGGCACAAUAAGACGUUCCAGUGUCCGCGCUGUCCACGCAGUUUUAAGAGUCCCGAUGAGUUGGCCAUUCAUCUGCAGAUUCACAGUGAUAGAUUGUCGCACAAGUGUCCGUAUUGUCCCAGCAGCUUCUCGCAUAAAACGAUUUAUUUGGCACAUCUUUGCGAACACACAGGCGCCUUUCCUUACAAGUGCUACAAGUGCACGCAGGGAUUCAUGAAGAAAUACGAGCUAAAGAAGCACUUUAUGAGUCAUUAUGAAGUAAAUAGCAAAGAGAGGCAAAUUAUUGACAGUUGCAUUAAAAUGAGACAGAGAAACCAGGAGCUAGAGAAGCGAAUGCUGGAGAUGGAAGACCAGAAGAAGCGAAAGAUGGAGAACCAAGAGUUGGGGCGAAAAUCUAAUUAUCGCAGUAAAUUACAUAAUAAAUCAGAGCUUAUAGACUUGAGAUGCAUCAAAAAAGAGCAGAUAGAGGAGGAUACGCCUUUUAAAGCUGCCGAAAACACAGAAAAGCAAGCAGAAGCUAUGGAGGAAGUAACAAAAGACAAGGUGCAAAGUGCUUUAAAGUAUGAUGAGACUAAAAAGCAGCUGGGGAAUCAACCUGAUGGAAAUGAACAACUCACGGAGGAUCCUCUAAAAGUAGAUUCUUUGAAAGAAGAGUCUGGCAAAGACGAACCUCUGAAGGAAGUACCUUGUAAAGCAGAACCGCUGGAACAAGAUUCUCUAUCUGAAGAUCCUCUGAAAGAAGGAACUUGGCAGGAACUACCUCUAAAUGAAGAAUCUAUAAAGCCACAACUUUUGGAGCAAGAAUGUCUUGAAAAAGAAGCCUGCAUACAGAAAGCUCCAGGAGAACAACCGUUAAGGCAACAUGAAAACUACAAUUUACACUCUAGUCGACAGAUGCGUCGGCGUCCUUACAAAUGCGAGCUCUGCUCUAUGAGUUUCACCAAGCUCAACAAUCUCAAUGUGCAUCGCCGCAAGCACUCAAAAAAUAAAAUACAAGUAUAGCUUUCAAUUGAUGUGCUUCAUUUUUGAAUUUGGCGCCUAUUCGUAGCUUGUUUUCCGUUCACCAAACUGUUUCAAUCGAGUUGGCAGUCUGUGAAUAGUGGGUACGACCGUUGCAAUUCAAAUAAACUUAAUUAACUAACAACUGUCAGCGAAAUAAAAUGCAAAUAUAAAUUUC